AAAAAAAAAACUAUCAAAAUGUGCGACUCAUGUUCAUGCGGUUCUAAUUGCACUUGCGGAUUGGCCUGUACUUGCGCGAAAACGAACGCCCGAGAAGUUGUUCAUCCAUGCGGCAGUGAUUCUUGCAAAUGCGGAGACUCCUGUGGCACCUCAAGUACUUGCCAAUGUUCCUCGUGAUUUCCACGGGUUUAUACGUAUACGAAAUUUAUCGGCUUUACAGACGAACGGGAUAAUCAUUUCAUAUUGA